AUGCGGUUAGUGGGAAAUCUGACGAAGACAAGUUGGCCAUUGGAAGUCGUCGGAAUUUCACACGAUGAACGUGAUCGCAAUCAAAAUUACUUGAAAAAGACACGGGAUGAACGUUUUUCUACAGCGUUUUGCCAAAAAACUAUUCCAGGAAACAGAAGUAAUUACGAUUUAAUCGAUGAUGCCACUGGCGAUAUUCCUUUAGAUGUUCUAGAAUCGUCCUCGUUUUCGUCGGGAGAAGGUCGUUUUUUUACCCUUGUUCUCUACGGCCUUUAUGACGAUUUAGUAAUUGAUCUGGAUGUAGUUUUGACCCAACUUGAAGAACUAUUUAAAAACAAUACGCUUAGUGACGUUAACUUGAAGGUCGGAGGAUGAAUCUUUCAUGCCCACAAGAACAUUUUAUCUGCAAGCAGCAAAGUAUUUGCUGCCAUGUUUGAUCAUGAAACAGCAGAGAAGUUGUCGAACAACGUAGACAUUCAGGACAUCGAUCCCGACGUUUUCCCAGAAGUGCUUCGUUACCUGUACACUGGCCGAAUGUCUUCUGGAACGCUGGACAAAAUGGCUGUCGAUGUUUUGGCGGUUGCCGAUAAAUAUUUGCUAGAUCAGUUGAAAGCCGAGUGUGAAAGACACUUAACCAAGAGGAUGACCGCCGACAGUUGCGUGGAGUUGCUUUCACUUGCCGAUCAGCCUCAUCAUCCAGCGGCGCAUUUGAAAAAGUAUGCGGUUGAUUUCCUCCGGCAUUCUCCUGCUCUUGUGAAAGCGACCGAUGGAUGGGAAAAGGCGAAACGUCGAAUUGAUCGAAAUGCUAUGUGCCUGAUGCUGCUCCAUGUCUAUCAUGAUGUAAGAAGUCCUUGUAUUGUCAGAUGAAAGUUAUAGGUAAGAACUAAUCUAAUUGUUGUUUGCAGUUGGGUGGGUUUUUUUUGUAUUUUGCUAAAGUUGUGCUAGAGGAAUAAGGAAAUCGAAAAUACAAAGAAAAGUGAAUCAAGUA